AUGCACACUCUCUUCGGCGAGAACAUACUCAGCCCACCGCCUCAAGAGGAGGAGCAAGCUUCAACCAAUCCGUUCGACCUCGCCUUCAACUCCAACCCACCAGCUACCUCAGAUGCAUCCGGUGGAAGUUCGUUGCAGCAGAACGAUUGGUUGACACAGCAUGUACAGAACUUGUCCGUAGUCGACGGAGCGACCUCAUACUCCCAUGGCGAGCAGUCAGGACCUCCACCUAGGCGAAAAGGCAAUCCCAGGUUGCUGUUCAUGGGCUUGAGAAGAUGUGGCAAGUCAUCUGUGCAGAAGGUGGUCUUCGAAAAGCUGCCACCUGCAGAAACACUAUACCUCGAGGCUACCACUAAGAUUGAGAGAGCCUCGAUGCAAUCCUUCAUGACGUUCGACAGCGCCGAACUCCCUACCUCCCUCCCCGUUCAAUCGCCGGACUACGACCACGCCUCCAUUUUCACCAACAUCGGCUCAGUGAUCUGGAUCAUCGACAGCCAAGACGAAUACCUCACCAGCAUCUCCGAACUUCUCCGCCUCGCAGUCUUCCUGGCCGAGAACUACCCACGUAUUAACCUAGAAGUCUUCAUCCACAAGACUGACGGCCUGAGCGAGGAAUACAAAUACGACACCUUCCGCGAGGUCCGCCAGCGGGUACAAGAUGAGCUGACUGACUAUGGCUACGGCGAUCGACCGGUCAGCUAUUACCAAACGAGUAUCUUCGACCACUCCAUCUUCGAGGCGAUGAGCAAGGUCAUCAUGAAACUUCUUCCAGCCCUCCCGUCCAUGGAGACUCUCCUGACUAAACUCUGCUCAACAUGCCGAAUCCAGAAGGCAUAUCUGUUCGAUACCCUCAGCAAGAUCUACAUUGCCACCGACACGAGUCCGACUUUCUUGAAGGACUACGAAGUAUGCUCGGACUACGUGGAUGUGAUCGUGGACAUCAAGCAGUUGUACGGCUGGCGAGAUGAGGGCAAGCAGGGUGAUCAGAACUCGAUUGAAGAGAGCAUGGUUUCGUUCGACAAGAGCGGGGAUACGUAUAUCUACACGAGGGAGAUCAGCAAUAAUCUCUCGCUCAUCUGUCUGAUGGGCCAGGGCAGCGGGCCCAACAUGCGACCAGUACUCGACUACAAUGUCGAGAUUCUGAACGGUGCGCUGCAAAAGGUCUUCAAGGUUUAA